AUGGCCUCCCUACCCACUGGGGGCCAGCGGAAGAAGAGCUCCAAGGGGACGACCGGCGUCCGGUCCUGGCUGCUAAUGGACUCCGGCGGGAAAACCCAAGUCGUGGAAGCGGGUAAACACGUCAUCAUGCGCCGGACGGGUCUACCCGCCCGGGACCUCCGGAUCCUUGACCCGGUUCUCAUGUACCCGUCGACGGUUCUGGGUAGAGAGAGAGCGAUUGUGAUCAACCUGGAGCACAUCAAGGCCAUCGUCACCGCCCAUGAGGUCCUCUUGGUCAAGUCCGCCGACCCUUCUGUCAGUCCCUUCGUUGACGAGCUUCAGCUCAGGCUAAUCCGCCAUAACCAAGUAACCACAGCAGCUCUGGAGGGGAAUGAAGAAGAUGGGUCGAAGUCAAACUGGACCAGGCUGCAUGAUUUGGGAGAGUCUCAGUCGAGAGGUGAGAGCCGUGAGAAUUCCCCAAAAGGGUUUUCUGAUCAGUUUGAUGAACAGGGUCGAGUUGAGAAGAAUCGAUUGUAUGGAUCAAAGGUUCUUCCUUUUGAGUUUGUUGCAUUGGAGGCUUGCCUUGAAUCUGCUUGCAGUUGCUUAGAAAAUGAAGCAAAGAGAUUGGAGGAAGAAGCUUAUCCAGCUUUGGAUAAGCUGAGUUCGAAGAUAAGUACUCUCAAUCUGGAACGUGUCCGCCAGAUCAAAAGUCGCUUGGUUGCUAUAACCGGACGUGUUCAGAAGGUGAGGGAUGAAUUAGAACAUUUGCUAGAUGAUGAUGAAGAUAUGGCCGAGAUGUAUUUGACUGAAAAGUCUGUUGAGCGAGACCUAGAAGUUAAUUCUUCUGCAUCUUCAUCCAUGAACGAGCCGAUUCUGUGCGAUGAAAUGGAUGAUGAAAUUGUUCAAGCGGACAUGGAAAUCGACAGGGACGCCCAAAUUGGUACAACUACUACUAUUACAAGCAAGCAGCUUGAUGUGCAGGAGCUUGAAAUGCUUUUGGAGGCAUACUUUGUCCAACUUGAUGGCAUACUAAACAAACUAUCCACGCUGAGGGAGUAUGUGGACGACACAGAGGACUACAUAAACAUAAUGCUGGAUGACAAACAGAACCAACUGCUGCAGAUGGGGGUGGUGCUGUCCACAGCAACCCUUGUGGUGAGUGCCUUAAUCGUUGUGGCUGGAGUCUUUGGGAUGAACAUAAGAAUAGCACUCUUCGAGGAAGAAACCAAAAUUGGGAUGCCAAAGUUUUUGUGGACUGUUGGGGGAGGUUCCAUUGGGAGCGUUGUCUUAUUUGUCAUUGCUAUUGCCUGGUAUAAGCAUUCACGCUUGCUGGAUUAA